AUCCGGACACCUCAUCUUCCGCCAGAAAUCCUCGUCUCCAUUUUGCGGUUGCUCGAGGGUCAUUACAAAUGCCUCUUGUCUGCAGCUCUUGUAAGCAAGGAAUGGUUCGAUCCUGCCACUGAUGCACUCUGGUCAGACCCGCCGCCGUUGGCAUUAGCCGCAGUGCCACCCAAGCGUCGACAAUUUUAUGCCAACAAGGUAUCUGCGUUGUGCUUUAAAACCGUUGAGGAAUGUAAAGCCCAUUCGCAAUACAAGAAUUUGAAGUUCCCGAGACUGCAAUGCAUCGGUCUCGACGUAGUGCGUCUGAAGAAGAAUCAGAAGCUGCACCUUGCCCAGUAUAUUGGACCCCGUCUAGAGUCUUUCUCAUACUGGGGUGGUCAUCCGUGCGAAGAUGCACUGGAGCGCUUGGAGACGGAAUGUCCUCGGCUACAUGAAUUCCAUCUCGGGGAACCACUUGAAAUGGUGGUGAAUGCUGGAAAAUUGAAGAAAUUCCUGACGAAUCGCACCUCUCUCAAAAACAUCGAGCUUGGUAAAGGCUGGGAGUAUUCACUCCCAACGGAAGUACUUGCACAUCUCGUGACUCUGGAUCAUCUGGAACGACUGGAUAUCGUGCCUUUCCUGAGGCCUCGUAUGGCACGGGAAGCCUUUUCGACACCAAAUAAGUUCAAGAAUCUCCACAUACUACAUAUUCGACUCCACUCUGAAUCCGUUGGCAUGUUGGCCGCCGUCGCUACUUCUGUUGAUAUACUAUUCCUCGAAGCUCAGGAUUGCGAGCAUGAUGUGCUUCAAGCUCUCGAACCCAUGAAGAAUUUACGCCAUCUCGAGGUUGAGUAUCACAAUCUAACAGGAGGAAUAACACUAUUAGAGAACGGAGUCAAGUCGCUCGGAGCCCUUCCAGAGCUUGAGAUUCUUCUGAUCCGCACGUGGACCAGGGGACGGGCCUAUUUCCAUAACAUCAAAGCUCCAUGGUUAGGGGACGAACAAUUCUCUGAAAUGAUGUCAAACCUUCCAAAACUCAAGAGUCUGGCAUUCCAGGUUGAGUGCAACAUCACACUUAAGUCAAUCACCUCUCUAAGCGAGACACAUCCCGAAAUGUAUUGCUGUGAUUUGUAUGGUACCUUCGACCUUGAUGACUGGGCAGGAUCUGGGCCUCCCAUUUUCCCAGACCUGAGAAGACUUGCAAUGGACGCACCAAACUUGCGAGGACGCACGAGAGCCUCGAAUACCUCUCUUCAAACUAAAGUGGAACGAAUCAUCAACAUCAUUCAGCGAAACUUGCCUAUGCUAGAACAGCUGUGCUUUCACAACUUUGAACGGAACGUGUUGGCCGAUCAAGUACUGGAGCACUAUGCCGCAAGCAUCGGUGGCCAUUUCAACGAGACGCAAGCAGCUACGUUCCGACCAUGGGACUGGAUGGAAAAGAAUGAAAGAGUCAUAAGGACAGACCCUGAUGCAGACCAUGCGAAUGACCUGGAACUGAUCCGUCGUAAUGCUCUGUCAGAUAUAUUCGACAUGUAUCAUCAUAGCCAU